AUGUCUGUCACUCUCCAUACCACCCAAGGCGACCUCAAGGUCGAGCUAUUCUGCGAAGCAGUCCCCCAAACAGCCGAGAACUUUAUCGCCCUCUGCGCAAGCGGGGCAUACAAUGAAACCCCCUUCCACCGCCUCAUCCCCGGCUUCAUGAUCCAAGGCGGCGACAUCUCCCUCGGCCCAGCCGCGCAACAGUCAACCACCACCAAACCCAUGCUCUCCCAUGAGAUCCCCAAAGGCGGCACAUCCAUAUACCACCCCUCAGCGCUGAACCAAGAAAUCCACAUCCCUGCACUGCGACACAAUGCGCGCGGUAUCUUGUCCAUGGCCUCUCGCCCGGUUAAGGAUAAGACGGCGCCGGGUUCGCAAAACGCAACUGGCGCUACUAUUAACGGGAGCCAAUUCUUUAUUACCUUUGCGCCGGCGCCGCAUCUUGACGGGGCGAGUACUGUUUUUGGAAAGGCGAAUGCAAAGGUUGAUAAGAAGGGCAAGGUGUCUCAGCCUAAGGAGGGAGAUGACUUUGAGCCUCUUAAGAUCAAGCGUGUUACGAUUCAUGCGAACCCGUUCGCUACGUGA